AUGGCGCCAGCCGCUCCAUCCAACAAGCUCACCCUGAUCGCUUUUCUCGUCGCCUUCGCCGUGGUCGCACCCAACCUGCAGCCAUCCGCAGCGAUCAGAGUCGAAGCAGCAGUUACGGCCGUUGCCCCGCCCCCUGACGGUGAUGUUUUGCCGCCGCUGCCGCCGCAGCCAAGAGAGUGUCGGUCAUGGUUGCUGCGGAUGAUGCCGUGCGCCGGCUUCCUCACCAACUCAAGCGUAUAUUCGCCUGAGAGCAACUGCUGCGACGGCUUCAACUCAAUGUUCACCAUGGACACAGUCACCUGCUUGUGCCACGUCGUGAAUGGCGACGUCGUCCGGCUUCUGCCGGCACCGAUGCAUCACAUGCGCAUGGUGGAGCUCUUCUCGGUGUGUGGCCACGAUGUACGAGUAGACGUACUUGCCGCGGCCUGCAAACUAAUGGAUGGAGUGCCGCCGAUAGACCCUCCGAAUCCUGCACCGUCGGCACCGUCGCCAUCAUUCGUACGUUUACCAGAGCGCGCGAGUGGUGUCCCUAGUUUCUCUGCGUCGUCGUCGUAG